UCCUAGGUGAAGAAGAGUAGCAGACCGCGCGGGAAAAAGAGAGAGCGCUCUGGAAUACAAGCGAGGUCACAGGAUUAGAGGGCGGGGAAGGGAGGAGCAGUUUCCGCACACGCCUUAGAGCAGCCGCUAUUAAAACUUCAGCCCUGCAACCCACCGGCGAACCCAAAGUACCGGGCUGGCCGUGCUUGGGGCUGGAACCGUGUCCCCAGGCUUCCCGCCGCGCAGGCGCGCUGACGCGACCACGCUUCCGGGCGGCCCCUCCCCGUAGUCAGCCAAAAGUGGCGCGCAGGCUGCAGGCCCCCGCUGGCCGGAGAGGUUUCUGGGUUGGAGCGGACCAAGUUCUGACGGCCGGGGGACGGCGUGAGACCAGGGACACGCACAGCUUAGAUUUUCUUAGGGACCAACGCGAUUAACUGCGCUACUCUCAUCACCUACGCCUUGAGAGCGGGAAAAUAACGAAGACUUCCACGUGCGGAGAAGCAGCGAUCCUGACCUCUGCGGCGGAAGGCUAACCCCACCCCCUUGACUCCAUAGCUCCGCCCCCGCCCCGUGCCCUAGCUGAUUGGCGAGGAGCUGGAGGCCGAGCUGGUCACGCCCCUUCUGUGAAGCGCGCCGCCGCAGUAGCGAGAAUCUAGCCCGCGGGGAAGGAGGAGGCAGUCUGUAGCGCGAGCCUCAGAGACGCUCUAUAGCGGAGCGGACAGCUGGUUGGUGCUUGGACCACGCUGCGGCAGCAGGUCCCUCCACGUGCUUUCGGCGGCGCCAUGGAACUGGAGGAGUCGGGGAUCCGUGAGGAAUGUGGCGUGUUCGGGUGCAUCGCUUCUGGAGAGUGGCCCACGCAGUUAGAUGUGCCGCAUGUGAUCACUCUGGGACUCGUGGGGCUACAGCACCGAGGUCAGGAGAGUGCUGGUAUUGUGACCAGUGAUGGGAGUGCGGUGCCUAAAUUCAGGGUGCACAAGGGAAUGGGUCUUGUAAACCAUGUUUUUACUGAAGACAAUUUGAAGAAAUUGUAUGUCUCAAAUCUUGGCAUCGGACAUACGAGAUAUGCCACCACGGGGAAGUGUGAGCUGGAGAAUUGCCAGCCAUUCGUUGUUGAGACUCUUCGAGGGAAAAUAGCUGUGGCCCAUAACGGUGAACUGGUAAACGCAGCUCGGUUGAGGAAGAAGCUUCUGCGCCAUGGUAUUGGGCUUUCCACAUCCUCAGACAGUGAAAUGAUUACCCAGUUACUUGCAUACACCCCUCCUCAGGAACAAGAUGAUACUCCAGACUGGGUAGCAAGAAUUAAGAACCUGAUGAAGGAAGCGCCCACGGCGUACUCUCUGGUAAUAAUGCACAGGGAUGUCAUUUACGCAGUGCGAGACCCGUAUGGGAAUCGGCCUCUGUGCAUCGGUCGUCUUAUGCCAGUUUCUGAUAUAAAAGAGAAAAAAUCUUCAGAAACUGACGGAUGGGUGGUGUCUUCGGAGUCUUGCAGCUUUUUAUCUAUUGGUGCAAGAUAUUGCCAUGAAGUCAGGCCUGGAGAAAUUGUAGAAAUAUCCAGACAUGGUGUCAGAACUCUUGAUAUAAUUCCAAGGCCUAAUGGAGACCCAGUGUCGUUUUGUAUCUUUGAAUAUGUUUAUUUUGCGAGACCAGAUAGUAUGUUUGAAGACCAAAUGGUUUACACAGUAAGGUACCGGUGCGGUCAGCAGCUGGCGAUUGAAGCACCCGUGGAGGCAGACUUGGUUAGCACGGUUCCAGAAUCUGCUACGCCUGCAGCUCUGGGAUAUGCAACAAAGUGUGGGCUGCCAUAUGUGGAAGUGCUGUGUAAAAACCGGUAUGUUGGAAGAACCUUCAUUCAGCCAAACAUGAGGUUAAGGCAACUCGGUGUUGCAAAGAAAUUUGGCGUGUUGUCUGACAACUUUAAAGGCAAAAGAAUCGUUCUCGUAGAUGAUUCAAUUGUGAGAGGCAAUACUAUCUCACCCAUCAUAAAACUCCUCAAAGAAUCUGGUGCAAAAGAGGUACACAUUCGAGUCGCUUCGCCACCAAUAAAAUAUCCGUGCUUCAUGGGAAUUAACAUUCCUACAAAAGAAGAGCUUAUAGCCAAUAAACCAGAAUUUGAAUGUCUUGCAGAAUACCUUGGGGCAAACAGCGUUGUCUAUCUGUCAGUGGAAGGACUGGUUUCAUCUGUGCAACAAGAAAUAAAAUUCAAGAAGCAGAAAGUGAAAAAACAUGAUAUUUCAAUUCAAGAAAAUGGAAAUGGUCUGGAAUAUUUCGAGAAGACAGGACACUGUACGGCUUGCCUCACUGGGCAGUACCCUGUGGAUCUGGAAUGGUAGCUGUCUGGACAGAUGCUUCCAGACUGAAAGGUCAUCAAGAAGUAGUUUACAUACUGUUACUCAGUUGGUACAGUGGAUACCACAUGCUUAUGUAUGUAUACCUUAAGCUUUGAGAUUUUCUGAAGUUACUAAGUUGUUAUAAUUGAACCAUGGAGAUUACAUGUAAUAAAACAUCUGGAAAUUCUUUUUGUACAUGGACUGACUUUUCACCCAAGAGAAAACGGGAGGUUAGUGGCAUUUCCCAGACCCAUGCUUGAGUGGUUUUUAAGAGGCUAAACCAGGGAUGUUAUGUACACAAGACGGGGGCUUUAUAAAGAUUAUAUAUAUGAAGAAUUUGAAUUCAUUGUGCCCCAUAGGUAUCUAGUCUAUACAGUCAAGCCUGUAAUUAUGGCCUUGAUCUUAGAUUCUUCCACCCCAUACACACGUGUGGCUCUGGGGACCAGUGUAAAACUCUUUAAAAAAUGAAAACCUACAUGGGAAACCGAGGCAGGAGAAACCCUAGUUCAAGGCCAACCUGGACUUUCCUGUCUCAAGAUAAAAAACCUUUCUGUGCCUCGGACUCCCCAUCUGUUUCCUGAGUCUGUCAUACAUUUAAUACAUAGUAGGAAUGUGUGUACCUGUUGUAGGAUGUUUAUUUAGAAUUUCCUUUCUACCCCUGCUUUUUAUGGUGCAUGGUCAUUAGCUUUUCAGAAGCUAGUGUUAAUUAGCUUUUGCUAAAUCAGUUUUCAGUUUGAUUGUGAUGGAGGGAAAUGUACAGGUUUGUGGACCUUUUCCAUUCUCUUUGGGAUGCACCAGAAUGACUGAAAAAUGUAUCUGGAGCCUUUUUGUGUUUUCCUACACUUGAUGAAAAAAUAUUUAGCCUAGUAACUAACUUAGUCCAUUGGGAAGAGUUUUAAUUUCAAGUAAGCCUUUAUCCUUAAUUUGAUUAAACUUGGCUGUUUGAAUUGAGAGCUUGAUCAUUAACAGUAAUGUAUAUACUUAUGAUUUAAACCGAGCAAAUAGAAACACAGUAGGGCUGAUUUUGUUAGAGGCUAAGGGGAGCCAGUGUUUUGGGAAUUACAUUGCCUGUACCCAAGUGUUAGCUCAUUAUCAUGUUUUUUCUACUUUAUUUUGUUAGGGCUAGUGACAUUUUAUUUUUAAUUUUGUUUUUAUUGUGCAGAUUUAAUGGGUUGAGGUAAUUUACUAACUCCUGUUUGUGUAAGAUUUUUCACAUGGAAUAAUAAUAAUUUCUAUAUUGUUGCCAAAAUUUGCUAUAUACAUUUCAAACCCACUUAGAAAUAUAAUAUUUAUUAAUAACUGAAAUUAUUAGUCUACAUUUGGUUUCUAGUAUCAUAUGUUACAUAAUGGCAGGUCAAGAUAAAAUGUUAGUACUUUAAGGUCCUGUGCUGCAGUGCCUGAGGUUAUCCUGUGGUGCAGAUACAGGCAGAUUGGCGUUUCCCAGCUCUGGGGCCAUUUCAGUGGGUGCAGACUCUUAUGUUAAAUGCAUUUCCUGUGGCAGCAUGGAGGGGUAAGGCCUUUAGGUCAGUUUGUAAAUGGCCUUAUUUAAAUUUGAUGUUUUACAAAGAAACUCAGGGAAGGUACUACAACCAAAAUCUCUAAUUGACUUUUGCGUUUUUUUCCAUAGUUUUUAUUUUGUUUUAUUGGAAUACUUUUAUAAAGGGAAAUAAUAACCAUGGUUGUUUGUACAACUUUCUUAAUUAUUACUUCAUUGUUACCUUUUAUUUUACAAGUUUCUGAAUAUGGAUUAAAUUAACCUUUUUUACCAGUUUCAAGCCUUGUUUUAUCUGCUUUAAAUGUAUAUAACUAGAGUACUAUAUGCUGAAAAUAUGAAAAUGUGUUUGAACACAAUUAACGUCCCAAACUAAUAAUGUAAGCCUAUUUUGUUUUGUUUUUUCCGUGUGAUUUUUUUUUUUUUUGGCGACAAAUAUAUGUAAUAAAUGUGUU